GCGUUACCAAGGCAGGCUGCCCUUUCCACCACGGCCACCACAGUUUUCUCUGAAAACUGCGACAGACUCAGGGCAGCCUGCCCUGAAUUUUCUUCACACAGCCUGGGGGCAUCCGAAUGCACGGGAGAUGUUUUACACUCAGAUGAAACAAACUGUUUAGACCUCGGGGAAAAGAGACUGUGCUUGAACAAAAUGAACCAGGAGAAAGCGCCCUCCUGAGACAUGUCUCUGCUUUCAUGUUUCAAUUGCCUGGGAUUCUUUUCUCUAAUUUCUGAACCUUAUAAACUAAAACUGCCUAGGAACAUUGAGCAUCCUGACUUUGAAGGAGUCUCUGUGGUGUUUUUGUGCUACCAUACAUGGGGAAUAAUGAUGUGAGGCAGAGGGAGAGGGAAGGAAUGGGAGAGCCAAGAGGGAAGAGCGAGCCGGGGGGAAAGGAGCACGCGGUGUUUCCUGCUGUGGUUAGGACCUCACCCUUUGCCAGUACAGAGCUCGGCGGCAAGAGCCGCUGGGAGCUGCUCCCAUCAGUUAGAGGAUGUGAAGAGGGAGCACCAGAAGAGGACAGCCUGCAGCCUGGCUCACAGCCUGAGGGACGCUGUGGGUGCUCCCAGCCGGGCGAGCACGCUCUGGGAGCGGAUCUGCAGGGGAGAAGCACGCGAGCCUAACGUGAGCGUCCCGCCUGUCGCGUGUCCUGCCUUGGUAAGCGCUCUCUCCGGUCCUUCCACACUGAAAGCUUCCAGCAGAGAUCAAGGGAAGGAGUAUUGUGUGAGACUUGCCUAUUUCCUCCUUUCUGUCUGGACUGGUUUGAUAUUUGCCUGUUGAAAAGAUUACUGAACGCAGUGUGACAAGAUGAGCCGUCUAGCUGCGUUCUGCUUGCCUGUGUGUGUGACACGUCCAGGUGUGAGGCCAAACCUGAGAAGUGCAGACUGCUCACUGAUAGACGUUGCUGUAAACAGCAGUGCCCUGGGUGUACAGCUGGUCUCAGGAUCGGAGACCCCGGACUUAUUCUCUGCUCGGUGACACGGCCGGCUUCCUGCCGCAGAGCUCCUGGUUUCUGUUGAUGGCAGUUGAUAAUUGGUAGCCACCGUCUGCGGUCGGAGCCACAGCAUUUGAGUCUAGCACCUGGGGUGGGCCCUGCUGAUACAGUAGAGAGAGAGUGAACGAGGCAGACAGAAACACACCCCCCUCUUCCACGCUCACACACUCUCCCACACCCCAUGCCAGCUAUAACUGCAGCUCUGAGCUGCCUGGAGAGGAGUUUGCCGGAAGCUGAAGGGAUGCUUUGAACGUGGGGGGGCUGCGUCACAGUUGGACUCCCACUUGCAGAGGACCUGAUUAUGUCCAGUGACCACCUGAACAACAGCACACUGAAGGAGGCUCAGUUCAAAGACCUGUUCUUAAAAAAAGCGGAGCUGGAGUUCGCCCAAAUCAUCAUCAUCGUCGUGGUGGUCACGGUGAUGGUGGUGGUUAUCGUCUGCCUGCUGAACCACUACAAAGUCUCCACACGGUCCUUCAUCAACCGCCCGAGCCAGAGCCGGAGGCGGGAGGACGGGCUGCCGCAGGAAGGGUGCCUGUGGCCUUCAGACAGCGCCGCACCGCGGCCGGGCGCCUCGGAGAUCAUGCAUGCCCCGCGGUCCAGGGACAGGUUCACAGCGCCGUCCUUCAUCCAGAGGGAUCGCUUCAGCCGCUUCCAGCCCACCUACCCCUAUGUGCAGCACGAGAUUGAUCUUCCUCCCACCAUCUCCCUGUCCGACGGUGAAGAGCCACCUCCUUACCAGGGGCCCUGCACCCUGCAGCUGCGGGACCCUGAACAGCAGAUGGAACUCAACCGAGAGUCCGUGAGGGCCCCGCCCAACCGAACCAUAUUUGACAGUGAUUUGAUAGACAUUGCUAUGUAUAGCGGGGGCCCAUGCCCACCCAGCAGCAACUCGGGCAUCAGUGCAAGCACCUGCAGCAGUAACGGGAGGAUGGAGGGGCCGCCCCCCACAUACAGCGAGGUGAUGGGCCACCACCCAGGUGCCUCUUUCCUCCAUCACCAGCGCAGCAACGCACACAGGGGCAGCAGACUGCAGUUUCAGCAGAACAAUGCAGAGAGCACAAUAGUACCCAUCAAAGGCAAAGAUAGGAAGCCUGGGAACCUGGUCUGAUUCCCUCCAACGUGCACUUCAGCUGGAGAAAGAAACCAAGGAGGGAAGCGGCCGCUGGGCCCCUCCUGCGCACAGUGUUGUUCAGUUUCACAUGGUACAAAUAAGUAAAACCAAAUGAGCAAACACGGUCUUUGUUUCUGAUUCCUUUUAGGGGAAUUGCAUGCAAACUAGACUGAAAUGAUACAAACUUCCAUCUGGUCUGACCGCAAACAGUGUUUAUUUGGGGACAGGGGUUGGGAUGGGGGUGUGGGCAGGGGAAAACAGAGAAAGGGAUGCUUUGAAGAUAUCAUGAAAUAAAACCCACAGAGGUAUUUGAUUUAUUUAAUUGUGAAAGGAGACUUUGCAGAUAAAUGAGGCCAGAAUGGCCUGUUUUAUAAUUAACUGAAUAAAGAAGGAAGCAUUAUUAUAUAUUAUUUUGGGGAAGAACCAGCCAGUUCGCUUUUUCUCCUAAGGUGUGGAACUUUUAUUUUGUUUUAAAAAUAUGAAUCAAAAUUCUUGUUUUGUGUGCCAAGGUAUAAAGUGGAGAAGUUAGAUGAGUGCAAGGAGCUCCUUUGUGUUGUGAUGAUGUGUUUUAAAAGUUGCACUAUCUUAAUGUUGAAAAUAUUUACGAGGGAACUGUUUUACGUGAAGUUCUGUAUGUUGUCUUUUCACCUGUGGAUUGUAAUCAGGCCCAAGGAAUAUCCUGGAGUGGUCCCCAGAAUCAUCCAAGAAAAGAUAUUUGGGGACGUAGCCUAACAUUUUACCAACUUAUGUAAAUCAAAAAAGUCAUUAUUGUUGCAGGAGUUUGCAUCAAAUAGCAGUGCAUCGCUGAAGCUUUUGGAGACUUUUGGAUGGAAGAUAGGGAAGAUUAAGUUCCAGCAUUUCUGACUUGUUAUUUUGAGUUACUCUGCUAAUCUUAGGCUGCAUAGUUUAUGAGAAAAUGAACACAUGCAUUUAUGGAUCCAGUAUCAUGCAGUGCUGCCCUCAUCCUCCAGCAGUGCAAUUUCUUCAGUAAUUUAGAUUUUUUUCACUAUAGCAUGAAAUAUAUUCAAAUACAUACCUUAUUUUAUGCAAUAAAUUGUUUAAAAUGCGAGGUGGUUAUUCUGCAUACUGUUGAAAUAUGUGACUCCUCAGUAUAUUCCCAUUGCCUCUCCCCUUUCCUCGACAGCUUAGUUCAGUUCUGCAGGGCUGCUCAGUUCACAGGAGGCUCCCAGCAGCCACCCCACAUCCAGCCUACCCAGAACUUCGUGUGGGAGUGGUGUGGGUGGUGGUUUCUUAUGCUUUGGAAGGCCCUAGAAAUGACGGAAGAAUGCCAUGUUGCUGAUCGUGGUAAUAAGCCAUUGUGGGUUAUUGUAUGUCACUAGUAUUAGCAUAGCAUUCUUAAAGGAAUGCAGUGCUCAAAACCUACCCACAUUCCCGCAGGAUUCUACCAAACCCUUCCCCAGGCCAGCCUUUGUACUGAAGGCAAGAACUGGACAGUCAGAGAACAGUGGAAGGGGCAAGUGACUGAAGAGCACCGGGUAAAAAGCACAACAUGCAGUUAAAAUGCAACUAGAAAACUAAUUUUAAAUAUUGUUAGUUUUAAUAUUCCUGAUAUUUACAAAUAUUCAUUCUUAUAUACAAUGAAAAAAAUAACUUUCUUCUGCAGAUGUAAGCACUGGCUUUUAGAAGAGCAGCAGCCAACACGUUUAGCAGACACUGCACGUGGAGAAGGGCUUAUCUGCAGUACAGUCUGCCAUGUGGAUGGUGGGCCUCUGUGGCCUCUUCACGUAACAAGAUGAGUUGGAAUGGUGAUUCCAUGACUCCCAUCUAUGCAGCUUUAAAGCCAAAUCCGCAUGUGUGUGUUUGUGUCUGUCUGUGGGUCUCGAAGGUGAUCCGUUGGUGCGGUGGCUCUGUGCUGUAACUGGAGAGACUGUUCCAAACCCCAAGAGUUGUCUGAUCCUAGUCUGUUCCCUUCUGCUUCUUACCUCUGUAGAUAGGUCACUGGUUUUUGUUUGUUUGUUUGUUUUGAGGAUUGGAAUUUCCAUUACAUUCAUCCUUUGCACACAGUAACAUCCACAGAACUAGUCUAACUCUUAAAAGGAGAGAGGAAAAACACGGGCACCAGUUGUCAGCUCAUGCUUACAACCGUGUGUGGAAGUAUAUACAGUUGAGAGUCACAGUGGAGGUUCUGAGACUGGAUUCAGUCUUGUGCCAGUGACACUUGGAAGGCCUCUGCUGGAGAGAAACCAGCUCUCAGGGCAGAGAUUGGCUUGGGGCCAGAAGGACCCUCCCCAACCCUGGAGACGCCCUGAAGGUUCACUGGCUCUCCAGAUUAGCCUCUCUUCCUCUGUCAGGCAAAGAUGAGGAGCCGGUGUUCCCAUCAGGCCCUGCUGGCAGGGACUUGCAGUGGAUUCUUGGUCAGGUGUGCCCACAGAUGCGGAGGCGAGGUGAGUGAUUCCAUCAUUUCAGUUCUCACCUGCAGUUUUGGUGAAGCAGGAGAUGCACCCCACAGCUCUAGCUCUCAAAUGGCUUCACAGUCCUUACUUCUCUACCUGCCUCAAGAAGGGGCUCAGAGCAGAGACUUGUGAAUUCCUUAGUAACUGCGAGUAUAUGAAUGUUUUGAACAUGUCCACAGUAUUGGCGAGAUAAUUAGGUAAUUCGGAUACCUUUAAUCAUCUUUCAAGAAAGGCGCCUCCCAUUCAACCACCCUAGAGAAUUGCCUUUGUUAAAUAGUUAUUUAAAGACACAUACAUAUCAAACCAUGACUUUGAAAGGUCUUCGAGGCUGGGACUCUGUAAUGAAUUAGUUUAAAAGCCAAGGUCAUAACAUGAAUUGAUAGUCAAUUUCCCUUCAGCACAAGGAAAAGGUGGUUUAGAUCAGUAGCUCUUUUGAAGGUUGUGGCUGACCUGUUCGUACCGUGUCGCCUCAUGGCUAGCGUGGCGUUGAAAGAGUAGCGAUUGGGAAGAUGAAGCUUACACAGUGGGGCCUAUUGUUCUUUCAAGAACCCUUUUUUUAGCUUAUAGAACCCAUGGGUCCAGUUUAGUAACCAGUGAUUUGGGCAAUCAGUGAUAGGUUUAUAAUCUUAGAUUAUUCCAGCAAAGUGUGGAUUGCAUUGUUAGGAAGAACAUUUGGUGGGAAUGAAUGAACACUCUUGGGCAUACCGCUGACUUUUGUCCCUUGUUCCAGGUGUAGGAGACCCAAGGCAUCUUGAAUCCCAUCUAUAAGAACACAAUCUUCCAGCAUUUGCUUUUUCAGAAACUCUAGCAUUCUUUUUAAAUACUGAUGCAAUCCUUAAUGGAAAAGAGAUUUCAUGAAGCAAAUUAUGUAUUUCAAUAGUUGAUCUAUUUUCAGUGUCCAAAAUUUACUAAUACAGAAGCUUGACAAGCAUAUCCUCACCCUCCCCACCACAUAAACGCAUGGACACACACCCAAGCCACAAGAAAUCCCAAGAGAGCAGAAGAGAAUUUUUAAAAGAUUUAUCGUGAGGACUGCAUUUCCAUUCACUAAUUUUGGCUCAAACUGAGGCAGGGAAUAGGGGCCAACAGUAAAUGGGGGAGGCCUCGUGACACCAGCAGAGGAAUUUUGUACCCAGGCGAGGACUUCUUGAACUUCCACGUAUCUCCAUUUGAUCUCUUUCACAUUUAUUUCAUCUUCAUAAGAAUGAGAAAGGCUCAAAAGGAAGCAGUUUUAGAAAGCUUCUCUGACCUAGAAGAAUCCAUCCAAAUCCCUGCCUUCCUCUCUGAACCAACAGUUCCUAUCUCUGACUGGGGCCAUCCUCUAUCUUCCAUCCAGCGGCUCUUCUUUUUAGGAAGGCGCUGGUGCAGAGCAUUUCAAAUAUGUCCUUAGGCCAGAUACUGGUUGCUAGUACAGAGUCACACAGCACCCAGUCCCAAGCCCUCCCUCAAAGGACCGGCUCAUGGCGUUGGUCACUGGCAGGCUCAGAGACAUGCUGCUGUGGGCGCAGGGAGCCCGGCCCCCCACGCAGCCAUGACUGGAUGCGCCCCCAUCUCAGGGGCUUGCUGCACUGCUCGUUGAUUGAAUUUUGCUACUUAGAAUGGCAGCAUUAACUUUGUGUACCAUUCAUUUUUUAAAAAAUUUCCAAAGCUCAGCAGUGUAUGAAAGAAAAAAUUGGGAAAGAUACUUGGUUUCUGUUAACUUUUGCGUUGCUUGCUUAAGUGAUUAAAGCCAGUGCUUGGAGCCAAGGCUUCAUGCCACGAACAUGCCCCACAGCCUGCCCUUUGCUCUCCUGCUCACACUGACUGAGAAUGCCGCGUGCUUGGCCUACUGAGGUGAAAGAACAAUUGAAUGACGGGUGGGCAAAGGGAGAACUUCCCCUUCUUGGUGUGAGGAAAGUCACAAAUUAAAAAAUGUUGCUUCCGGCCCAGAUCCUAAAUGCUAGUUCUCAGCAGCUACGUGGCUUACCAUUCACCAUUUCCACCACUGCCAGCUGCCAGCACCUCCACAGAUCACAGAGAUGUGAACAGACAAUGGAAAGCACUCUUAGCCUUGCAGUGGUCUAUAUUUUUUAGGAACCAAGAUUUCAGCAUUCUUUAUUACCCAGCACGCUGUGUCCUUUGCAGAGUUCAAGUUUAUGUUACUGCCAGGGUCAGACAGUCAUUUGCUGCUGCUGCUGCUGCUGCUGCUUCCUGAACUGGAUGCAUUAGGAAGCUGCUGUCUGAGUGUAGGAAUGUCUUGCUAAGAAAGCAAUGUCUUCCUUCAUCCUUUUCUUUCUCCCCUCCGCGUGUCCUUGUUUUUGUGUAAUGCGGGAGAGGGUUAGAGCUAUAGAGAUUAUAUAUACACUAUCCGUGCACAUUAUAUAUAUGUAGAUAUACCCCUAUCAUGUCAGAGAUCUGCAUGUCAGUUUUUCAGCAACUAAGGUGCCUCAUGUUCUGAGUUCAGCAGAUAUAGGAACCAAGCCGCCCCCUCCUGCACUUGAUGCUCCCACCUUUGUUGUGCCUCACUUAAAAUGGUGCUUUUUUCAGUUGUCUGUCUUUUCUUAUGUUUUUAUUUGUAAGGUGCUGUAUAUAAGUUGAAUAUAUUAUGCACAUAUCCUACCCAAUGGGUAGAACAAAAAGUUGUUAAUACUGUAAUAUAAUGUAUAGAUGAUACCAAUUUUAACAGAAAUGGCAUAGAAUUUGUGAAUGCCUAUGUGCUUUGUCCUCUUUUGUAAGGAAAUUUGCAAAUGGAUGCAUACAGAUUAAAGUCUAUGUAGUUUAUUUUCCUAUUAAAUAUCAAGAUUAUAACACAAGAGAAAGAAGUGUGAACAAACAAGCAACAGUUUAUGACCAGCGUAUAUAUAGCAAUGGAAAGUUGCAUCUUUGCUGUGAAAACACUUUAAAGAAAAUACUUUUUAAAAAAUCCCACAGCUUUUUGGUUGCCACUAGACGCUUCUUAUUUUAAUCAUUUUAGUAAAGCUCAGCUGGACCAGUGUUAGUUACAUUUGAGUCAGAAAAAUGUUGUUUUUCAACUUGCUUUAUAAUCUCCUGCAUCUAUCUAUCUCCUGCUGUAGCAUCACGAAGGUGUCAGGCCUCAGUGAAAAGGGCACAUUUUUGUUGUUAAUAUUGCAGAAACUGUGUCAGAGGAAUAAGUAAAUCAGCCUGCAGCAGAGGACUUUGUUCAGCUCCAGAGGCAUCUGUGACCGUCUGUGUCCAAGUCUCUCUGUGCCUUUUUCUUUUACAAACUGAAGCUGUGGAGCCAAUGAAGUAACAGUAGAGAUUGUAGGGAAAGAAUACCUCAGGAAAAACAAAUCCACUUACAAGAAGACCCUGUUCUUAGAAAAAGUGUUUAGUUAUGGGUUAGCACUAGAAGAGACUUGGCUGUCAGCCAGCCAAGUGAAGGACCUCUCAUCCAUUCCCAUUCAUGUCCCAUCAUAAUCCUGACCCAAAAAGCAAACUCGGUUUUGCCAUCAGUUAGAAAUUACGUUUUGAAUUGUAUAUUGUUACAUCUCUCUUCCAGCUUAGUUUUUAGUGUCUGAUUGUGACCUCUGCAUUUAUCUUCAAAUACCCUAAUUUUAAAACAAAAGAACAAGAAAAGUUUAUAACAACACCGUGUUCAUUAAAACCAUGGUUGAAUCUUGGGUGUGGGCAUCCUUUCGAGUGCUGUCCAUAAGAGCAGUUCGUGGAAUUUUGCCCAUCUGACCCAUAUUAUCAGCUUAUUCUGCCACCAGAGACUCUAAUAAAUUCCAAAGUUUUUAUUUGCUCCAUGGUGUAUGUUCUGACUUUGAAAAUGUCAGAUUCUAUAAUCAUACCCCUAACAUCCAGGAAACAAAUGACCGACUAUCCUUAAACUGAAAUUGACUCUACAAUGCAACUCUUAAUGCUGAAUGGAUUAAAAGUCAGCCCUUUUAGUAUCUGUUUGAAAGGGCUGUGAAAAGUUGACACUCUUGUUGUUGUGGAUCCUGCGUGUCUAGACCCAUGUGUUGGUUCCAUCAUAUACUGUAGGGUGCACCCCUUGGGAUUCAGCAUUAAGAACUGAGGCUCAUUGUUGUCAGAAACAAAGCUCCCACCCCCCAGGUUCAACCUUGUGGGAGAACCGUUGAGCAUGAGAAUGUUCUAGACUCAGAGGUACUAAAAUUUGUUACCACAUCAUUGCUUCCUUUCUACAGGACGAAUUGAGGCUUAAACUUUACUGUUAAUGAUACUGGUUCAUUUUAAUGUGCUUGUUGGUAUGUUGCUAUUUUUCAUUUCAUAGCUUUCAAAAAUCAUGCUAAUUGUAUACUUGUCUAGUUUAAGGCUAUUUUAAAAUAUGUACAAUACUAUUCACAGCAUUUAGUUCAUUUAAUUUUUAUUAUAAAGCAAUCUACUAAAAAAGUACAACUGUAUUUGAACUUUUCAAUAGUUGGUUGUGAGCUAUGAUAAUCAAAAGUCAUUAAAGUCUUUUUUAACAAACAUUUGUGCUUACUUUUCAACAUAAUUCCCAGUUAUAUACAGAAAAAGAUUUCCACCUGUCACGUAUCUGCCUCUUUUACCUGAGCAAUGGUGAUGUAGUUCUUAGACCUAAGGUCUGUAAUUGCAAUACUUUUAAAGAAAGAUGUUGCUCUAAGUGCUGUUUGUUAGUUAUGAAAUCAGAUUUUUCUGCUUGUUCUUAAUGCUGUGGUCAAACCAUAGCACAAAAUCAUUAAAAAUAAUCAGCGGCA